AUGAUCGCCUGUGGAUGGUUGUACCCGUUGCUGCCACUGCUUCUUGCAGUCCAAAUGGUAUGUCAUCCUGUGGAGAUCCACGUGCCCUAUCCCUUUUCAGGUCUAUUCCGGCAAUUCCUCUGUCGUAGUCGCCAACUCCACCGUCGUUCCGCCCGUCUCCACCGUUACACCUCCUUCUAAUUCUUCAGUUGUGAAUGGCAACGUCACGACGGUCGCUCCGGUCUCUGGCGCCACAAAAGAGAGCAAUGGGGACGAGGAAAAGACAGUGACCGAGCAGAUUCGCACGUACAUUGAGGACUCGGUGAAGUCUGUGAAGAAGGCGGUGAGUGAAACUCUGUAGAUCCAUUCCCUCUACCACCUCAUUUAGAUCUCAAAGAUCGGAAAGUUCGUCGGAGACCUGUUCGACCAGGACGCGCCUUCCAACUCGACCGUUCCGACCAACACCUCGACCCCCUUCACUUCCACUCCGGUUUCCCCUUCUGCCUCUUCCGUUUCUCUAUCUACCGUUACUCCCAAAUAA